AUGCCUAAGAAAUUUUCAACAAAUCCAAAGAAAUUAUUUAGAUACUUAUAAUUAUUAAAAACACUUAAGUUGCAAGAGAGAGAGGUUGAGAAAAAGGAAAUUGUUAAGAUCAAGAAGAAAUAGAAAGAAAAAAGAAUAUUGGAAGGGACAGAUAAAAAUAUUUUAUCUAAAUAGAAGAGAUAGAGAUGAA